AUGAAAGAUGACAGUUGCAGAUGCCAUUCUUUGCUUCUUUUGUUCGGGUACCGCCUCGGAAAGGAGGGCCCCCGAAUCGCGGGCUUUCGUCUCCUGCUCAUCGCGCUCGGGUCCGCGAUCGCACUCGCCACCAACCUAGUUAUCAAGCCGUUCUUCGUGGGGGAUGAGUUGCACGAAAAGGUCGCCAAGAACUUUGAGAAGGUUGCGAGCACUCAGGUGGUCGCGGUCCGCGACUUCGUGGAGGGCCUGCGGCUGGCGCCGCUGCACGGGAUUGAGGGCACGCAGGACGAUGACGUUAUGCACCUGGGCUACCGUGACGUCAUCCUGUCGCUGGCCGCCGAGAAGACGCUUGGGGAAUUUUCGGUGUCUCUCACCUCGCUGGGGCUGCUCUCUUGCCCCGUCGCUAACCCGCUUUCCCCUUCUCGCGGCACCCACCCAAAUGUUGAGAGGGCCCCGCAGGGGCCGUUGACAGUCUCCCUACUCCUUUCGUGA